GAUGUGGAAGCUUAAGUUGUCAGAGGAAAACGAUCCAUGGAUUAGAAGUUUGAACAAUAACGUUGGUAGGCAAUAUUGGGAAUUCGAUCAAAAUAGAGGAACAGAUGAAGAACGAUCUCAUGUUGAAGAUAUUCGUGAACAUUUUCAUAAGAAUCGGUUUCAUGUUAAACAUAGUUCUGAUCUCUUAUUAAGACUACAGUUUGCAAAGGGGAAACAAAUUGAAAUGUUGGAAAAAGUGAAAAUAGAAAGUGAAGAAGAAUUAGUGAAGACAACAUUGAAAAGAGGCUUGAGAUUUUACUCAACAAUUCAAGCUGAUGAUGGUCAUUGGCCUGCUGAUUAUGGUGGCCCUCUCUUUCUUUUGCCUGGUUUGGUUAUAAGUCUAUUCAUAAUGGGAGCAGUGAAUAUAGUUUUAUCAGAAGAGCAUCAAAAGGAAAUACUUCGUUAUUUAUAUAAUCAUCAGAAUAAAGAUGGAGGAUGGGGGUUGCAUAUAGAAGGACAUAGCACCAUGUUUUGCACAGCUCUCAACUAUGUGGCAAUAAGACUUAUUGAUGGAGAAAAUAAUGUUAACAAUGAAGCAAUGGAGACAGCUAGAAAAUGGAUUCUUGAACAUGGUGGUGUCACUUAUAUUCCAUCUUGGGGAAAAUUCUGGCUCUCUGUACUUGGCGUAUACGAAUGGAGCGGCAAUAAUCCACUACCGCCAGAAUUAUGGCUUCUCCCCUACUUUCUUCCUAUACAUCCAGGUCGAAUGUGGUGUCAUUGUCGAAUGGUGUAUUUAGCAAUGUCUUAUUUGUAUGGAAGGAGAUAUGUAGGUCCAAUUAAUUCCAUCAUUUUAUCACUUAGAAGAGAGCUCUAUACAAUUCCCUAUCACCAUAUUGAUUGGGACUUGGCUAGAAACCAAUGUGCUAAGGAAGAUUUGUACUACCCUCAUCCUUUAGUACAAGACAUACUUUGGGAAGGUCUUCACAAAAUUGGAGAACCUCUUCUCAUGCAAUGGCCACUCUCCAAACUAAGAAAAAAGGCACUCAACACUGUGAUGGAACAUAUUCAUUAUGAAGAUGAAAAUACUAACUAUAUUUGUAUUGGACCUGUCAAUAAGGUAUUGAACAUGCUAUGUUGUUGGGUAGAGGAUCCAGAUUCCCAGGCAAUCAAACUUCAUCUCUCAAGAAUCAAAGAUUACCUAUGGCUAGCUGAAGAUGGCAUGAAAAUGAAGGGAUAUAAUGGAAGUCAACUAUGGGAUGUUACUUUUGGUGUACUAGCCAUACUAGCUACAAAUCUUCCUCAAGAAUAUGGUGUGGUGCUUAAAAAUGCACACCACUUCAUUAAAGCCUCACAGGUUAGGGAAAAUAGUAAUGGAAAUGCCAAGAAGUGGUAUAGGCAGCAUUCUAGAGGUGGAUGGCCUUUCUCUACCGUAGAUAAUGGUUGGAUUGUAUCUGAUUGCACUGCAGAAGCUUUAAAGGCAUCUAUCUUGCUAUCUCUGAUGCCAUUAGACAUUGUUGGAGAAGUCAUAGCACCUCAUAGGCUAUGUGAGGCUGUUGAUUUGAUUCUUUCUCUUCAGAAUAGCAAUGGUGGAUUUGCUUCCUACGAGCUAACAAGAUCUUAUGCAUGGCUUGAGAUGAUUAAUCCAUCGGAAACAUUUGGGGACAUCACUAUUGAUUACCAGUAUGUGGAAUGUACAUCUGCAGUAAUUCAAGCUCUUCAAUCCUUCAAGAAAAAUUACCCCAAACAUAGAGAGAAGGAAAUAGAAGCAUGUAUUAACAAAGCUCUCCAAUUUAUUCAAACUAUUCAACUUCCUGAUGGCUCAUGGUAUGGUUCAUGGGGAGUUUGCUACACAUAUGGAACAUGGUUUGGGAUAUGUGGGCUGGUUGCUGGUGGCUACACUUAUGAAAAUUGCAAAAGCAUCAGAAAGGCUUGUCAUUUCCUAUUGUCCAAACAACUUCAACCUUCUGGUGGUUGGGGAGAAAGCUAUCUCUCAUCUCAACACAAGGUUUAUACGAACCUUGAAGGGAAUAGACCACACAAUGUGAAUACAGCUUGGGCCAUGUUGGCUCUUAUUGAAGCUGGCCAGGGCAAAAGAGAUCCUACUCCACUCAAACGAGCUGCUAAAAUUCUGAUAAAUUCUCAAAUGGAAAAUGGAGAUUUUCCACAACAGGAAAUAAUAGGAGUAUUCAACAGGAAUUGUAUGAUAAGCUACUCAUCCUACAGAAAUAUUUUCCCCAUAUGGGCACUUGGAGCUUAUCUUAAUCAAGUAUUAUUACCUUCCAAAGAGUAUCAUGAAUAA